AAAAGGAAGAUAUUGAAAUUUUCUAUCUCUGAAAUUUUGCACCACCUACUUUACGGCCUGCACCAAAGGCGAAAAUAAUGGAUAAGCAUCGGAUGUCGUACCGGCAGACCUUCGUGGUCGCCAUUAUAGUUGUUUUGGUUGUAGCCUCGCUGGGUUUCGUUCAUGCAAACGACGAUGCACAACACUGUAUGAUGAGUUGCAAAACUAGAAACGGAAAAGGAUGCAUUGGUCGACUUUACCAGCUUUCCGAGGAGCUUAGUCGUGUCGCUAAGUUGCCGGUAGGUUCGCAUGUUUGCCGGCGACAUUGGGAUAUGUUACGAAGAAGCAACUUGCGCUGCUCAUGUCCCAUGCACGAUAAACAACAGCCCUCACGUCUGAACAAGCAACCUAUUCCAAGUCGUUUUUAUCCGGUAUUUGACGAGAUUGGGCUAACAGUGGCAGGAUACCAGCCUGGUACUCGGUGGUUUUACCGGUGCAAGUUGCUCGCCUAUAAGAAAUUUGAAAGCCGUCCUCAAACAAGUAGAAAACCAGUCGAGGAAAAAGCAAAUAGUAGUACAUCCGCCAUCAGCACAGAACAACAACUACAAAAGAAAACAGAUUACGGGAUCCCCUAUUCUACACCUCCAUGA